AUGGCUGAUGAAGAGGAAGAAGGCAAACAGAUCUUGCAGAAAUUGCAGGAACUGGUGGACCAGCUCUACUCAUUUCGAGACUGCUAUUUCGAUACACACAGUGUUGAGGAUGCUGGGAGGAAGCCACAGGAUGUGCGGGAGGAGAUGGAGAAGACCCUGCAGCAGAUGAAGGAAGUAAUGGGUUCUGUCCAGGGCAAAGCACAGGUUCUGAUGCUAACUGGGAAGGCACUGAAUGUGACUCCUGACUAUAGCCCUAAGGCUGAGGAGCUCUUGUCAAAGGCUGUGAAGUUGGAGCCCAAGCUGGUGGAAGCCUGGAACCAGCUGGGGGAGGUGUACUGGAAGAAAGGGGAUGUUGCAGCCGCCCACACCUGCUUCUCAGGAGCCCUCACCCAUUGCAAGAACAAAGUCUCUCUUCAGAACCUGUCGAUGGUGCUUCGCCAGCUGCGGACCGACUCUGGAGAUGAGCAUUCUCGCCACGUCAUGGACAGUGUCCGGCAGGCUAAACUGGCUGUGCAGAUGGAUGUCCACGAUGGCCGCUCCUGGUAUAUUCUGGGGAAUGCAUACCUUUCUCUUUACUUCAAUACUGGCCAGAACCCUAAGAUCUCCCAGCAAGCCCUCAGUGCCUAUGCCCAAGCAGAGAAAGUUGACAGGACAGCCUCCAGCAAUCCUGAUCUCCAUCUGAACAGGGCAACGUUACAUAAAUACGAAGAGAAUUAUGGGGAGGCCCUGGAUGGCUUCUCUCGAGCUGCAGUGCUGGACCCUGCCUGGCCAGAACCCCAGCAGCGAGAGCAACAACUCCUGGAAUUCCUGAAUAGAUUAACCAGCCUCCUUGAGAGCAAGGGAAAGGUGAAGACCAAAAAGUUGCAGAGCAUGCUGGGAAGCUUGCGCCCAGCCCAUCUAGGCCCUUGUGGUGAUGGGCGCUACCAGUCAGCCUCUGGGCAGAAGGUGACCCUGGAGCUCAAGCCGCUGAGUGCACUGCAGCCUGGCGUGAACAGCGGUGCUGUGGUCCUGGGGAAGGUGGUGUUCAGCCUCACCUCAGAGGAGAAAGUCCCCUUUACAUUUGGCCUGGUGGAUUCAGAUGGCCCUUGUUGUGCAGUGAUGGUGUAUAACAUGGUGCAGAGUUGGGGAGUGCUCAUCGGGGACUCCGUAGCCAUCCCUGAGCCCAGCCUUCGGCAUCACCGAAUUCAGCACAAGGGAAAGGACUAUUCCUUUUCCAGUGUCCGCGUAGAGACGCCCCUCCUGCUGGUGGUGAAUGGGAAGCCUCAGGGCUCCAGCAGCCAGGCUGCAGCCACAGUGGCGUCUCGGCCGCAGUGUGAAUGA